AUAUCAUGUCAGAAUAAUAGAAAUACAUUGGAAACAUAUUAUAAAGAACUAAGUCCUUAAUCACCACAAAUUACUAAAAACUUCCAUUAAAGUAUACUUAAAAAUUAAAAUAAAUAGAGCACCUAAAUUUGUGGAGAACAUCAUUGUGUAUGCAGAUACAAUAACUCAACCAUAUGUAGAAAAGGUAACAAACACAGUUGAUGAGAACAUUAAUAGAAGUGUCUAGAUAGUUUAAUAAUAUGAAAAGACUUUCAAUAUAACAGAGCAAGGAUAGAAACUAAAGUAAAAAGGAAAAGAACUUACUGAUUAACUAAGAGAGAACUCAAAGAAAGCACUUGAUUAAGGAGUUGAUUUGGCUAAGAAUAAUGGUGCUACUCAAUUUGUACUUUAGACUUGUGACAGUGUAGCAAAUAAAUUCUUUGCUUCAAUUGAAGGCAAUGUAGCCAAAUUAUAAAAGGCUAUAUUGAAAGAAUCUAAGGCAUCUAAUUCAGAAACAACUUAUAAUUAAAGAGCAGUUCAAUUGGCUCAUAAUCUUACAGAAUUAACUCAAGGACUCUUUACACUAAUGAAAAAUGAGAUUCAAACACUUGGAGGAUAAAAGGUUGAACAAUUGAAAGUCUUUGUCAUACUCAAUUUUAAAUAACAUUUGAAUGCUACUCUUUUCACUUACAAAGUUGUUGUUAUCUAACCAAUCUCAACUCUAUAUACAACUAGUUUAAACGAACUUAAGUCAUAACUUAUUUUUCUAGCGGAAAAAUACAAUAACAAAGAAUUAUUACAAUACUUAAUAGAAUAAUUAACAAUAGUUAAAAAAUUCAUUGAAGCUUAAAAAUUUGAAGAAUUCAAAACUCUUCUAUUCACAGCUUUGAAAUAAAUGAAUCUCUUUGCUAUUCUUAAGUCUUAAUAUUAACAAACCAUUUAAACAUAUUAAAAGAGUUUAGUUGAAUAAAGAAAAGAAGUUGAAGAGGAACCUUAACCAGAAUAAACAACUCAAGAAACUUAAACCAAAGAAUGAAAAUAGAUUGAGUAUUAAUGUUAUUAACGGUGUUUUAUAAUUUAUGUAAA